AUGUCAACCCCAACCAAACCAACAAUCCUCAUAACCGGCGCAUCGGGCAUGAUCGGCCCGCUGCUUGCGGCCCGGCUCCUGGCGACCGACACGCACCGCGUCGUGCUCACCGACGUCGUGACCCCGACCGUGCCGGCGUCGGCCGCGCACCCCGAAAACAGCGUCUGCAUCCAGGCCGACCUGACCAACCAGGCGUCGAUGGAGGCCCUCGUCGCCGCCAGCCAGCCCCUGGCCGCCGCCUUCGUCUUCCACGGCAUCAUGUCGGCCGGGUCCGAGGCCGACCCGGCGCUGGCCCUGCGCGUCAACUUUGACGCCACGCGGUCACUCCUCGCGCACCUGUCCGAGACCAACCGCGGCCUGCGCGUCGUCUACGCCAGCUCCAACGCAGUCUACGGAACGCCGCUCCCCGAGCUCGUCACGCCAGACACCACCCCGACCCCGACGGGGACCUACGGCGCCACAAAGUACAUGUGCGAGGUCCUGAUCAACGACAUGACCCGCCGCGGCUUGAUCGACGCCUACAGCGUGCGCUUCCCCACCGUAUCCGUGCGGCCCGGCGCCCCAUCCAACGCCGCGUCUGCGUUCCUCUCGGGCAUCAUCCGCGAGCCGAUGGCGGGCUUGCCGUGCGUCGUGCCCAUCACGGACAGGGAGUUCCGCGCGACCUUGUGCACGCCGCGGGUCUGCGUGGAGAAUCUGGUCAGGGUGCUGGGCUGGCCGGCGGACAAGCUGCCGUCGCACACGCGCGCGCUCAACUUCCCCGGCAUCGUGAGCAGCGUGCAGGAGCUGCUGGAUGCGCUGGGCAGGCAUGGCGGGGAGGACAAGGUCGAGCUUGUGAGCUUUGAAGAGGACGAGGUUAAGGCGAGGUUGUUGAGGAGCUGGGCGUGGAAUCUGGAUUAUUCGAGAGAGGUUGGUUUGGGGCUCGCGCAGGAUGAGAAUACGGAUCAGUUGGUGAAGGAGUAUGUUGAGAGUUUGAAGAAGUGA